AUGGUGGUAUCUUCCAAGUUCCUGCACAGGUACCAUCUUGCAGCAAUGAAUCGGCCCGCAAUCAAAGUGAAACUCCAAGAUAUUUGCCCUAUACCAAAAUCAGGUAUAAGAAAGACCGCAAACAAGCGAAAACAUAAGAAAUCUGAAAUACUUAGUGGUUCUUCAUAUAAAGAACAGCUAUUAGUAGAGAAUCAGUUGAAGAAAACUCCUGAGAAAAAAUGA